CAAGUCCUUGCCUGGAAAAAUUUGUGAUCCAGUGAAACUCUGGAGAUGGGAGACGACAAAUCUUCCAACCCAUCUCAUGAAAUUUCCUUCCAAACUACGGAGUAUCAGCAGAGGCUGCAAUGGCCCUUGCUUGCUUUACUUCUUCUCAUGAUGCUGUCUCAUGCAGCUGCUUAUGAUCCAUUAGAUCCAAAUGGGAACAUAACCAUCAAAUGGGAUGUAAUGUCUUGGACACCAGAUGGUUAUGUGGCUACGGUAACCAUGAGCAACUUCCAAAUGUACCGGCACAUCAUGAGCCCUGGAUGGACUCUGUCCUGGACAUGGGAUAAAAAGGAAGUUAUAUGGUCAAUGGUGGGAGCUCAAGCCACAGAACAAGGCGAUUGUUCCAAGUUCAAAGGAAACAUACCACAUUGUUGCAAGAAGACUCCAACAGUUGUUGACUUGCUUCCUGGAGUCCCUUACAACCAGCAAUACAGUAAUUGUUGCAAGGGUGGUGUGGUGGCAGCUUGGGGGCAGGAUCCUUCAGCUUCAGUCUCAGCUUUUCAGGUCAGUGUUGGACUUGCUGGCACCUCAAAUAAAACAGUGAAACUUCCCAAGAAUUUCACUUUGCUUGGUCCAGGACCAGGAUACACCUGUGGCCCUGCAAAGGUUGUGCCAUCCACCAUCUUCUUCACACCGGAUCGUCGGCGAAAAACCCAGGCACUGAUGACAUGGAAUGUAACAUGCACUUACUCACAGUUUCUGGCAUCCAAAAAUCCAAGCUGUUGUGUUUCCUUCUCCUCUUUCUACAAUGAGACAAUCACUCCUUGUCCUUCGUGUGCUUGUGGCUGCCAGAACAAGCACAAUUGUAUCAUGGGCAACUCCAAGGAAGCACACAGAAAAGGAAUAAACACGCCGAAGAAGGAUAACACACCACUCCUUCAAUGUACACAUCAUAUGUGCCCAGUUCGUGUGCAUUGGCAUGUAAAAACCAACUAUAAGGAAUACUGGCGUGCAAAGAUUGCUGUUACUAAUUUCAACUACCGGUUGAAUUACACGCAGUGGACACUGGUUAUCCAGCACCCCAAUCUCAACAAUGUCACACAAGUCUUCAGCUUUGAUUACAAGCCUCUGGUACCCUACGAAUCCAUAAAUGACACUGGUAUGUUCUAUGGCAUGAAGUUCUACAAUGACCUUUUAAUGGAAGCUGGCCCUUUUGGAAAUGUCCAGUCUGAGGUGCUUCUCCGGAAAGACAAGAACACUUUUACCUUGAAGCAGGGAUGGGCAUUUCCAAGGAAAGUUUACUUCAAUGGUGACGAAUGCAAAAUGCCAUCACCUGAUGCAUAUCCAUAUCUGCCAAAUUCAGCCUAUGCAAAUCCAGUUGCAUAUUCAACAAUGGCAGCUUCUUUGCUCUUGAUGUUUGUUUUGCUUUGGUGAUCAAUCUUCUAUGGGGGCAAUUAUAUUCUUCAGAUCUCUCCUCAACAGAUAAUGCAGAGGCAAUUUUGGAAGACAGAACAAUUUCUUUUUCAUAACAGGUACAUUAAUCAUGUUAACUCUCACCAACAGACUAGAAGAAAAAUGUUUUCAUGUGUGGGAUAAUUCAGUUUUAUGCGAGCAAAUAGACAUGCAAAAUCCAUAGUACAUUCCAAAUAUAGCCUGAAAUUAUCCAAGUUGUCUAAAGUGCAUCACCAUAAAAUCAAAUUGUUUCAAUUUCUAGUU